UCGGGGCCCCUCUCAGACCCGCCUGGGAGGGCUUCACAGCCCAGGGCUCUGUGUGUCUUAGGAGCCCCACGGCGCGCCCCUCGCAGAACUGCAGGCUGGUCCGGCGGCCCUGGCUGUCGCAGGGUGCCGACCCCGCCCGCCGGUCAAGCUGGCGCCCGUGUCCCCUUCUCGCCUUUGUCCACGCAGCCCCCCUCCCCAAGGACUGGGUGUCCUGAUGGAGAGGACCUCGCCUUUGGGCGGGACUGCCCAGCUUCCCCGCAGGGAUGGGGCGCCCCCAACUUCCCGCGACCCUGCAGGGGGAGCCCGAGCGCCAAUGCGCACCCCAGGCGACAAGGUGGCCCAGGCCACUCUCCUCGUGACCUCCAGCAGGAGGCCUCCAGCGCCGACGGCGUCCUCGGGGCCCCCAGCCACCCAAGACAUCGCUCCCUACCCGCACAUGCCUCCCAGUCGGAACAUCCCACCCCAGGCCUGCAGUGCAAAGCCGCCCCGCCUCGCUCUCCGUGCCCACCCUGAUUCCCCCACCCCACGCUGGGGGUGGAGUCUGGCACUCAGCCCACGCCGGGGACACAGUCUGGCAGCCACUGCUCCCGGACGGCAGGUGUCUGAGUCCCUGGCUCCAGGGAAGACCUCGGCCCCCAGGGGGCGCAGCUAAUUUUGCUCCCACCCGUGCACUCAAGAGAAGCAAGGCCAGUGUUCACUCCUGUGAGAGCCGUCAUUACCGUGGCCCCUCGUGGGGAUCACCGAGGUACACAGCGCAAUGCAGGCCGUGCACACUGGGCUGAAGCACCACCGGCACCCAGCGUGGUGAGGAGACCAUCGCCAGGGACCAUGUGCAGAGCACACACAGCCGUGUGAGGCCCAGGCCAGCAGGUGUGUGGCAGCAAGCAGAGGAGCGAGUGCCGGACUGUGGGCGGACAGACACGGAGGGAGAUUUCAGGUGGGCUCGGAGUUUGCUUUCAGGGAGAUAAAAGUGCUCUGAUUAAGUUAGAACACAGCGCUGUGAAGGGCAAAAACCACUGCCUUGUACACUUUAGGUGGUGAUUUGUAUGGUAUGUGGCCUAUAUCUCAGUAAAGUGGUUCUAUAAAAAUAAAUAAUA